AUGGAUAAGACUUUCAAAUUGUUGCUCCACCCCAAAGAAUUAUUAGCAGUGUACCAAUUAAAAUGCAUCAGAAAGCCAUUGCACCCAGUAAAUGCAAAAACUCAGUCUGAAACAUUAAUAAGAUGUUAUGAAUUACUAAAGAUAACGUCUAGGUCUUUUGCGGCUGUCAUCAAGGAAUUGCAUCCAGAAUUGAGAGACGCGGUAAUGUUAUUCUAUCUAAUUUUAAGGGCACUCGAUACCGUAGAAGAUGACAUGACUAUUGAGCCAAACGUAAAAGUGCCAUUGUUACGUUCUUUUCAUGAAAAAUUAAACCUCGAAAAGUGGAGUUUUGAUGGAAACUCAAAGGACGAAAAGGAUCGUUGCGUUUUGGUUGAAUUUGACAAAGUUUUGAUUGAGUAUCAUAAAUUGAGGCCAGAAUAUCAAGAAAUUAUAUUGGAUAUUACAGAUAAGAUGGGAAACGGCAUGGCAGAUUAUAUUUUGGAUGAAAAGUUCAAUACCAGUGGUGUGGAUUCAGUAAAAGAUUAUGAUUUGUAUUGCCAUUAUGUUGCGGGCCUUGUAGGCGAAGGUUUGACCAAAUUAAUGAUUUUAGCUAAAUUUUCAGAUCAAUCAUUAUCGAAUGAUAAUUUUCAAAAAUCUGAAUCAAUGGGGUUGUUCUUGCAAAAGACAAAUAUUAUUCGUGAUUAUCAUGAAGAUUUAGAGGAUGGGAGAUCCUUUUGGCCCAAAGAAAUUUGGUCUAAGUAUACUUCACAUUUACCUUCAUUCUAUGAGGACGCUUCCAUCGAAUCUCAAACCAAAGGAUUGGAAUGCAUCAAUGAUUUAGUUUUGAAUGCGCUUGGUCAUGUCAAGGAUGUCUUGACGUACUUAUCGUUAGUAAAGGAUCCCUCCUGCUUCAAUUUUUGUGCGAUUCCUCAAGUAAUGGCCAUUGCAACUUUGGCGAACGUUUACAACAACCCUAAAGUUUUGCAUGGCGUAGUUAAGAUAAGAAAAGGUACUACGGCAAAAUUGAUUUUAGAUAGUAGAACAUUGCCUAACGUUGUUAAGAUCUUCAGACAUUAUAUUGAAGUUAUUAAUCAUAAAUCAUCUGUCCAAGACCCAAAUUAUCUUAAAAUUGGUAUCAAAUGUGGAGAGAUCGAACAAUUUUGUGAACUCAUGUAUCCUACAAAAGGAUCUAUUCCUGCUGGGGUGAAAAAGACUCCAACAGAGAUCAAUAAGAACAUUAUUGCAAGACAACAAAUUGAUGACCAAGUUAAAUAUGCAAUUCAAUUCGAAAAGCUCAAGAGUUAUACUUCCAUAAUAGGAUUUGUUGUCAUGAUAUUGAGCUUGAAAUUCAUUUACAACUGA